GGGAGGAGUAACCUGAAGUUUGCUGGAAUGCCAGUCACCCUCACUGUGUCCACCAGCAGCCUUAACCUCAUGGCAGCCGACUGCAAACAGAUCAUUGCCAACCAUCAUAUGCAAUCUAUCUCAUUCGCGUCUGGUGGGGAUCCGGACACAGCCGAGUAUGUUGCCUACGUUGCCAAAGACCCUGUAAAUCAGAGAGCCUGCCAUAUCCUGGAGUGCUCUGAAGGGCUCGCUCAGGAUGUCAUCAGCACCAUCGGUCAGGCCUUUGAGUUGCGCUUCAAACAGUAUCUCAGGAAUCCACCCAAACUGGUCACCCCCCAUGACAGGAUGGCUGGCUUUGAUGGCUCGGCUUGGGAUGAGGAGGAAGAAGAGCCACCUGACCAUCAGUACUAUAAUGACUUCCCAGGGAAGGAACCUCCUCUCGGCGGGGUGGUAGACAUGAGGCUUCGAGAAGGGGCUGCUCGACCCACUCUGCCCACUGCCCAGAUGCCCAGCCACUUGGGAGCUACACUGCCUGUAGGGCAGCAUGCAGGAGACGCUGAUGUCCGUAAGCAGAUGCUGCCUCCACCACCUUGCCCAGGCAGAGAGCUCUUCGAUGACCCUUCCUAUGUCAACAUCCAGAAUUUAGACAAGGCCCGCCAAGCUGGGGGUGGGUCUGGGCCUCCCAAUCCUUCUGUUA